AAAUAUCCCCAAAUUCAAAACCCUACAUUUUCUCAAACCAUCAUUUAUACUUCUCCAAAUUCUUUGAUUUUGAUCAUAAUUUCUUCAACACUUCCUUCAAUUCAUCUUGAGUUUGCAUCGGUGCCUCGUGAUUCAGUUCGUUGUUGUUUGUUCUGAAUUUUCUUCUGAAAGAAUUCAUAUCUUCUAGUAUCUGGCUAUAAUGCGUGCACCAUCAUUGAUUUCACAAUGCUUGCCUGGUUUUGCACACGACCGGGUAGGUCAAAGUGUUUCUUCUGCAUCUGAUAGGGAGAUGCAUUUGUCUUCACCAGCUGUUGAAAUCUUACCUUCUAAGAUGGAAAACCCAUACACGUAUGCUGGAGACAGCAUAGAUUUGCAAGGAGUAAAUAUCUUGAAGGGAAGAUUCAGCGUCUCAGAUUUGAUAGGUUCAGAACUGAUGCCAUCGAAAGCUGAUGGAUCUCUCAAAUCAUGGGAUAGCUCAUUUGAUCUCGUGAACCUCCUUAAGCAUGAGAUUCGCGAUGGACAACUAAGUUUUAGAGGCAAAAGAGUGCUUGAGCUUAGCUGCGGCUAUGGGCUUCCGGGGAUCUUUGCUUGUCUGAAGGGAGCUUCAGUAGUUCACUUUCAAGAUUUAAAUGCUGAAAAUGUAAGACGCACAACUAUCCCGAAUGUCCUGGCCAAUCUUCAGCAGGCUCGGGACAGAGAGAGUCGACAGCCUGAAAGUUCCCUUACUCCUUCAAGGCAAACUAUUUCUCCUAUGGUUCACUUUUACGCUGGAGAGUGGGAAGAACUUGCUACUGUCUUAUCUGUUGUAGAGAAUGAUUUAGAAUUGCCAAAAGCAACGAACCUCAGUUUCUCUGAGGAAGAUUUCAUGGAUGGAUGUAGUAGUCAAGAUGGUAGCAUCAUCGGACAAGAAACCUCCUCCAGACGAUCAAGGAAACUUUCCGGAAGCAGGGUGUGGGAGAGGGCUAGUGAAUCAGAUCAAGUUGAAGGAGGAUAUGACGUUAUUCUGAUGACCGAUAUUCCAUAUUCAGCAACGUCCUUAAAAAAGCUGUAUGCUUUAAUUAAAAAGUGCUUGAAGCCUCCUUACGGAGUCUUGUUCGUUGCCACAAAAAAACAUUAUGUCGGGUUCAACAGUGCUGCAAAACAACUGAGGAGCUUGGUAGACGAGGAGGGCGUAUUCGGGACCCAUUUAAUUAAAGAAAUGACGGACCGAGAAUUCUGGAAAUUCUUCCACAAAUGAAAAAAAUACGACCUCCAAAAUGUCGACAGAAAUCACGAGUAAUAAUAUUAUUACUAAUUAUAUCAGCCUUAACCCCUUCGGUAUAUCUGCAUACGUAGGGCAUUUUGCUUGUACGAUUGAUUACAGUGACAGAUAUACGACGCUACGCUGCUAACUACGGUUCGUUGUUGAACAAUACACCCCUCAGAUUCUCAGGUAUUAUUUAAGAUUUAAUAUUCAUUUAUUAAGCUGUAUAUGUGAAGAAGACCUUAGUGAUUCUAUAGUUGUUUUUUUGUGUUCAUUUAUUCAAAGGUUUGUGUAUGUUAUAAUAAUAUGAAUUUGAUAUUGGGUUGUUGAACCUUGUUGUGAGGCUUUUC